UUCCGCCACCACCACGCUAUCGUUCCAUACUGAUGCCGCUGUAAUACCUCCAUCACAAUGCGCAUUUGUUCUCGCAAACUUCCCUUAUCUCGGUAGUAAUUCCUCGAAAUGACUGCUCAGGCCGUCAGCUUCUUUACCAUCGCCUUCCCAGACCCCUCACUCCCGACCACUGAAUCAGAUCAAUAUGACACACUGAACUCAUCCGUUGCCUUUCAAUUCGGGUUUGCAAAUAACAUCCGAACUCUAUCUACAAACAACGUGCCUAAUACCGACGGCGUCAAAGGCCUCCUCUACGUUCCCGACCUAACUACAGACGAAUGCAAGAAUGAAACUUCUUCAUUAAUCCCCGCGAAUGCCACUCGACGAGAAAAUCUCCCAGACGGAAACUAUAUACUCAUAGGCCUUGCGCCAUGGACCCGUCCCCAGUGUGUGCUGGAAUUCCUCAAUGGCACAAGCGGUUCUGCCAUACAUGGAUUCAUAUUCUAUCUACCCAACAAUGGAACACAAAUACCACCCUUGCCAAACGAUCCCGUCUGGGGCCUAAAUGAUGGAGGUCAAUGGAAGAAGAAUAACAGAUUCCCUGUAUGGACGAUUCCUGGCUUGUAUGGUGCAACUACAAUGAACCAACUGGGGCUCUAUUCUGGGAACCUUACGCAAGUACCACACGGUCACCAACUUGCAGAUACAUAUCCGCCAAGCGAAUUCAUCAGACUAUACACAGUCAUUGGUAUUGACAAAUCGAACCCCCUCCCGAGCUUAUGGGUCUUCCUCCUCAUCACCCUGGGUCUACUCUUACUCAUCAUAGGAACAACAUCAUUGUUCAUGCACGUAAUCCAACGAAAGCGUCGAAAGCUACUUCGACAGCGAAUUGUUGAUGGCGAAGUCGAUUUGGAGGCUCUAGGAGUCAAGCGCCUCACUGUUCCGCAAGAAAUUUUAGACAAGAUGCCAAUACAUGCUUACAAAGCCGAUGUUGUUUCCGAACCACUGAACCCUUCGAGAGAGACGGUCCUUCGGCAGAGCUCUGCCGAGUCAAUUGCUGGCUGCGCAUCGAGCCCGACGAGUUUGAUAAUUCCGAAUCAUGCGCAAUCCAGUCUAUCUCAGCCGACAUGCGCAAUCUGUCUUGAUGAUUACAUACCUGAAGAAACUCUAGUUCGCGAAUUACCUUGUAGGCAUAUCUUCCAUCCGGAAUGUGUCGAUACGUUUUUGCUCAAUAACUCUUCUCUUUGUCCAAUGUGUAAACAUUCGACCCUGCCGAGAGGUUACUGUCCGUCGGUAAUUACGAACGCGAUGGUGCGACGUGAACGAAUGGUCAGGAGACAACGAGAGCGUGCAGCUGCCAAUGCUGCCAAUGCUGCGAUACCGCCGCCUGAUGGUAGUGUCUCUCGUGUUCACACCGGCCCUAGUGCUGCAAUGCGUCGGGCUCUGACAGGCAUUAGUGGUCGACGAAGCCUCAACGCGUCUGAUACACUCGGAGCAAACGGCAAUAUGACCACAGACCAUUCAGCUAAUUCACAUCGAUCUGGUCGCGAUAUCGAGAUGGCUACAUCGAUCCCCGUUCCCGCUCCAGUCCUAUUGAACGCAUCCUCAGGCACGAACGACGAGCGGCCUACUCACUCAGCUCCUCCUGUUCAUGCGACAUAUGAUGAAGUUUGCCCGGUACCGAGCUCUGCGCCACCGCAAAGUCGAAGCGAAUGGGCUCGAGGUCGAGCGAUGCAUCUGCUUGGACGUCAUUCCCGUGUAGUCGACCCUGACGAAGAAGAGCGACACAGAGGUACUAUCAAACGACUAUGGAAUCGUGUAUUUCCCAGUUCAUAAUGCUCUUUAGCCUCAGAUCUUCAGUCUGUUCUUGCUGUUUCACGAAGCGUAGUGGUCAUGGCAUAUAAACUUUUUUGCACGAUUGUUCAUGAUUCAUAUCCUAGCGUACAUAUACCACGGUCGUCUGUUGUAUUAGGUAGGUGCAUUGGUGGACUAUACGUAUUUCUGAUAGGAGGUGGCGGAGCUACAUACCCCAUGAGCUCGUUCUUGAGCUACGAGCGACGUUGCAUUAUUAAUUCAGACUAUACACAUUCUUCCUCUACUAUAAUCAUACUCACUCCUUGGAGCUGACUUACCCUCACUUGGGCGACAUGCAACUUAGCUACCACUU